UCUCAUUCGUCUCGUGUCAAGGCCAGUCACCUCGGAUCGAUCUCAAACCUCUAUCACCUCGAUCGAUCACUUUCUCUGCAUCCUCACAUCCACAAAGAUCAUCAGUCAAUACAACAAUUUGUUCAGAAUGAAGCUACCAUUCCAACUGCUGUUCCUUGGGGCGCUGCUCAGCCUUGUCGUUGCCGCUCCUAAACCAGUGAAGAAUCUUCACGUGACAUUCAUUGGCAAGAAAUACGAUGUGGAGAAAGCCGAUACGGCCGAAGACGUACAGAAUGAAGUUCAAAGACAAUGUGGAGCUGACUCGACAACCUGCCCAAAAGUGGUUUUUGGCGGAAAGCCAUUGGAACCAACAGCUUUUCUGCGCGAUGUUGGAGUCAAAGAUGGAGAUGAGCUGAGUAUGAUUCCAGACACGACAAGCAGCAUGCAGGACCUUAUGAAACAAGCAGGAGUUGACACAGACAAAUUGGACGAAUUAAUGGGAGGUAUGGGCGGUUCGGAAGGAAUGCCGUCGAUGGAGGAGAGCAUGAAAAUGAUGUCAAACAUGAUGAAUUCACCCAUGAUCCAGGAAAUGAUGAGUGAUCCAGAAAGAUUAGAACAAUCGCGACAAAUGAUUCUUCAAAAUCCCAUGCUCAAAUCCAUGAUGGCUGGAAUGCCGGGAAUGGAAGAAUUGCUCAAUGAUCCUGUAGCUUGGCGGGAAGCCAUGGAAGCGGCAGCCAACAUGUACAAAAACAUGGACUCAAACGACUUGAUGAACGCUAUGAUGGGCGGCGCAGGCAUGAACCUAGACGGAUCCAUGCCUCCUGGAGCCGGGGGACUCUUUGAUGGCAAUCUGAACAACAAUGCUGCUGCAGCUCUUGACGAGUUGUCCGAAGGUGACGACUAAAAGUGGUCUGGAGCAUCGUUUCAUCGUCAUCUUUAAAUUUGGAGCCAAGUUAUUAAUGCGCGGGGUACCACCAGUACACAAGUUCACGCCACCUUUGUAGACUGAACAGCCUCUAUUUUUUGUUUUGAUUAAAUAUGCUCUAUUACAGAUAUGCAAUUACAACUAGU